CUUAUAUUAUCUUUGUUCUAAAUGUCAUCGACUCUUGUUUUGCUAUCGAUCCGAAAAUGUCGCUAAAUUGAAAUGGCCGACGUUUAGGGGGAGUGUCUAGCGGAAAUCGUAUUUCUGAUUGAUUUAUCUCGUAAAGAUCUCCAGCCUCUAGUUGAGGCCAAUUCACAUUCCAUUUUUAAAAGACUGAUAACUUUUUAAAAAAUUGGCCCACGAUGGCCUGGCGUUUUAAAGCCUCUAAGUAUAAAAAUGCUGCACCCAUUGUGCCUAAGCCUGAAUCAUGUAUAAGGGACAUAUGUGUCGGCUCAUAUCAAACAUAUGGGAACAAUAUUUGUGCAUCAGCGGCUUUUAUGGCUUUCAACUGGGAGCAUGUCGGAUCAAGUAUGGCGGUGCUGCCGCUGGACGACUGUGGCAGGAAGAGUAAAACAAUGCCAUUGCUUCAUGCACACUCGGACACCAUUACUGAUAUGGAGUUUUCACCAUUUCAUGAUGGACUGCUUUUGACCGGAUCACAGGACUCUUUAGUCAAAGUCUGGCACAUACCCCCGGAGGGUUUGAAAGAGUCUCUUUCAACCCCUGAGUGCACGUUGUCACAGAAGCAACGCCGGGUGGAGAAUGUUGGCUUCCACCCAGUGGCUGACGGCUUGAUACAUGUGGCGUCCGGACACGAGCUUGCGUUGUGGGAUCUGACACAACAGAAGGAAGCUUUUGUGAACAGAGACCACUCUGAAGUGAUCCAGUCAACCUCUUGGAAGAAAGACGGCAAGUUGGUAGCAACAUCGUGCAAGGACAAAAAAGUGCGUAUUCUGGACCCGCGCGCCGCCAGCCCAGUGCUGGGCGUCGCCAACAGCCACCAGAACAUCAAGGACAGUCGGCUGGUGUGGCUCGGGGACAGUGACAGGAUCCUCACUACUGGUUUCGACUCUGCGCGACUCCGUCAGAUCAUGAUACGCGACAUCCGCAACUUGUCGCAAACCCAGAAGACGCUGGAGCUGGACUGCUCCACCGGGGUGCUGAUGCCGCUGUUCGACGCCGACACCAACAUGCUGUUCCUGGCAGGCAAGGGGGACACCACCAUACUGUACAUGGAGCUCAGUGACCGGGAGCCGUAUCUGAUCGAGGGAUUGAGGCAUUCUGGUGAACAAACCAAGGGGGCGUGCCUAGUGCCCAAGCGAGCGCUGCGCGUGAUGGAGGGGGAGGUGAACCGCGUGCUGCAGCUGACGGGCUCCUCCGUUGUGCCCAUCAUGUAUCAAGUUCCCAGGAAGAGUUACCGCGAGUACCACGCCGAUCUGUACCCGGAGACGAGCGGCGCAGUCACGUACCUCAGCGCGCCCAUGUGGAUGCAGAACCAGGACCACCCCGUCCCCAACAUAUCUCUGCACCCCAACGCCAACAACUGUACACAGGUACACCGUGGGAAUCUCGAAGAGUUAGUCAAAGUUAUUCUUUCUAUGACACCACCAAAGAAAAGUGACCCAAAACCAAUAGUCACCCAACAAAUUGAAGAACCAAUGAAACCGGUAUCAAAACCAAUUGCUCCAGAACCAAAAGAUGAAGACAGGAUAGACUUUGUCAACGUUAAAGAUAUGAUAAAAGGCAUGGAGAACCAGAAACCGGAGCCAAAAGACUAUUCCAAAGAGAAUGGAUUUCACAAGAAAAUCAUUGACAACGGACAUGAUUUUGACAAAAAAAUUGAUGAUGAUACCGAAAUUAUCACUGAAAAGACUGAAGAGAAGACAGAGAAGACUGAAAAAUCUCUGGAAAAGGCUGAAAAGUCUUUGGAGAAGUCAGAGAAGUCUCUAGAAAAGGCUGAAAGUUCAGAUUCAUCGGAGUCUUUGUCUAGAAGUAGCAGUAUAAUAAACGGUGUUCCGGUACAGAUUCCGAAGCCAUUGCCUCGGUCGUCUAUAUCUGAAGCUGGAUCCGCGGAUGAUCAUUCAGAAGCACCAAAACCUAAACCCAGGACAACUGCUGUACCUAUAUCUGGUUACAAGCCUCGGCUGGGCCCCAAACCAUUUUCAGCGUCAGCCGGAAGCGAAGAGUUCUCUUUCGACAAAGUGUUCUCCGUGCCCGCAGUGCCCGGUGUGCCCAAAUCUGAUUCAGGACUUUCUCCAGUGUCAGCUCCCGCGUCUGCUACUCCUCUAACAUCUACUCCAAUCUCAAGAGACGAAGAGAAAGAGAAAUCUCUUUCUCCGACCAGCGACGUUGACGUUAUACCCAACAAAGAAGAGUACACAAACGGCAAGUCUGACACGAGUCUAGAGGAGGAGGUGAACUCCUCCGACUCUGGAUACAGACCAAAGACUCCGAGCACGGCUGAGAGGAGGAAAAUGUUCGAGUCUACGGACGGUAAUCAGUCAAUCGCAGACCUGCGUCGCGCUUACGAAGUGCGUUCCAAGAGCGUCGCCGUCGAAUCCGAAGCGCCGCCGUCGCCCGCGCCGCUGAGGCGCAGAGAUUCACUGAAGUCCCGCAAAAGUCCUGAGCGUGAAGAGAAACGAUCUUCGGUCCCGAAUGUCACUACCAAGAGGACGUCCACUGUUUUUGGGAAAGUGUCCAAGUUCCGUCACUUGAAGGGUACUCCGGGACACAAGUCCACACACGUGGAGAACAUCAAGAACAUCAGCAGACAGAUAUCCGGGGAGUGCAAUGGGUUCUAUGGAAACGGUACCCGUUGCGCCGUACCAAUCGGCGGGGGUGGUGGAGGUCGCAUAGGGGUGGUAGAGCUGCCAGUCGGCUCCACGUCCAUCGCGAAAGCACCCCCACCGCAUCCGUCGGCGUUGCACCCCCCGUCGCUGCUGCACCCCGCGCCGCUGCAGGACUGGACCUUCGACCCCUUCAGCGACCAGCGGCUUAUGGUAGCUUGCGACGAUGGCUUGUUGAGGGAGUGGAUCAUCCCCGAGGGUGGUCUUCAAGAAUCAACUAACGAGCCGAAGCGAACAUUCUCCGCGCACCCCGACAAAAUCUACAUCGUGCGUUUCCACCCCACGGCAUCAGACCUGCUGACCACAGCUGCUCAUGACCUCACCAUCAAGAUCUGGGACCUCAGCCAGGAGGUGCCGACCGCAGAGAUCACAUUGACUGGUCACACGGAACAAAUCUUCGCCAUGGACUGGUCGCCUUGCGGGGAAUACUUGGCCACUGUUUGUAAAGACGGACUAGUUAGGAUAUACAAGCCGCGUGCAUCUACGGAGCCGAUCCGGUCCGGUCCCGGCCCGGUGGGCAGCCGCGGCGCGCGGAUAGUGUGGGCGAUACACGACACGCAUCUCGUUGUUACCGGUUUUGACAAGGUGUCCGAGCGCCAGAUCCUGCUAUACAAGGCGAGCGACCUGUCUGCGCCCGUGUGCACCGUGGGCCUGGACGUGUCGCCCGCCAUCUUGCACAUCCACAUCGACCACGACUCUAACACGCUGUUCCUGACCGGCCGGGGCGACUCGACGAUAUACUGCUACGAGGCGACGUGCGAGCCGCCGUUCCUGUGCGCGCUGUCGCACCACCGCUCCGCCACACUGCACCAGGGCAUCGCCUUCCUGCCCAAGAACCUGCUCGCCGUGGAGAAGGUUGAAUUUGCGAGAGCUCUACGGCUGACCAAUGGGAACAUUGAACCGCUGUCUUUCACAGUGCCGAGGAAAAAGACUGAACUGUUCCAAGACGACCUGUUCCCCCCGACGCUGGUGACGUGGGAGCCGUGGCAGUCGGGCCGCGACUGGCUCGCCAGCAAGCCGGUGACCCCGCGCACGGUCAGCCUGCAGCCGCCCGGCAUGGACACCCUGUCGUCUCAGUCGGCGCCCGCGCAACCGCCCGCCAAGGAGAAACCGCCGCAGAAGCCCAAGCCUGAUCUCAUCAAGUCACACGUGCCCAUGGAUGCUAAGGAGAAGCAGGAUAGUAUAAUGAAAGCGAUGAGCGCCAAAGUGAAACUCGAUCUCAAACUAGAACAAGACAGUAUGGAAGGGGUCGACGAGGCUGAAUGGGACCAAUGAACUGAUCCUCCCUUUAUAUAAAGGCUCCAUAUAACGUGAUGAACGAAUGAACGAGUGAACGAAUAACCGGUCUCGUUCAUUUUAAAUUCUUUUAUAUAUAGGCUCCAUAUAACGUGAUGAACGAAUGAACGAGUGUACGAAUAAGCGGUCUCGUUCAUUCUGAAUGUAUUUAAUUUAGUAUUUUAAUAGCGCUGAUUCGGUUGUAAAUAAACAUUAUUCUAAAUUAAAUUGACAUUAAUAUACAUAGUGCUAUCCUUUUCAUAUUCUAUACUUUCGAAAGAGACGGCAUGAUUUUUGUAUUGCAAUGCAAUCUAUUGCUUUAUUAUUCGGUAUUCAUAUUGAAUACGUAGUCAGGUCGAAAAAUGACAGAUUAAAAAUGACAAUGCUGUCAAUUUUUGCUGUCAAUCAACUUGACUAUGUUUUUUAAUAAAUAACAGAUUGUUGAACUGUAGCAAAAUGACAGAUUAAUAAUGAAAAUGCUGUAAUCAUUCUUCGACCUGACUAUGUUUAUGACAAUAAUAGAUUGUUGAACUGUUGAAAAAUUACAGAUUAAUAAUAAAAAUGCUGUAAAUUUUUCGAAUUGACCAUGUUUUUUGACAAGUAACAGAUUCAAUAACUGUUCAAAAAUGACUAUGUUUUUUUAUUCAUGACACAUUUAAUAUAUUUCAAUAUUUUUGACAAAUAACAGAUUGUUCAACUGUUGUAAAAUGACAGAUUAUUAAGGACAAUGCUGUCAUAUUUUUUGGAAAUUGACACCAAAAAUAAAAGGCACUAUUAUUAUUGUCAAUUUGAUUUAAUUUAUUUUUCGUGUACAGCAGAAUUGGUAGCGUUAUCUUAUUAUAAAAUAACGUUUAUUUUUUUUUUCAUUAAAUUUUUCGCGCAAUAUUUUACGUAUUUACUUACGUACGAACACAACAUAUUUAAGUAUACCAAUGUUUAUGUAGGUAGUGUAUAUGAACUUUGUAUGUGGCAUAAAUAUGUGCAUUAACUUAAAUAAUAAUGAUAAUUAAUUUGGUGCAUUUUAUUCUAGUGUAUUUGUAAGCGAUGUAUUUGUGUGUAUUUGUAGUAUUUGUUAUAAACAUUUUAGCAGACUCAGCAGUGAUCACAAAAAAAAGAAAACUAAUGUCGAACAAAGGUUAUGAUUCACUUUAUUAACUUAAUAAAUAAAUCAAACUGUAACCAAAAUAAGACCCUAGAAUGGCAGAGAAUGACCUUGAGUGAAGUCACGCACUUGCGAACGUUGUGUGUAGGGUUAAAGGUACCUUUGACUGUUAACAAACUCUACUUUUCCACUCAAGUCACUCUCCCAGACUAUCCCAAGUAACCCAUAAAGAAUUACACUACAAGAGAUGUGGACGGCUCGAACGCCACGAGCACACUGAAGCCGUCCGUACCGCAAGUCGUUGCAACGCGGCGAUAACAAACAUUUUCGUAUGUUAAAAAUUCCAAUUCUUCAAUUUUUUUUAAUGUAAGUAAAGGUCAAUCAAUAUACAAUAUACAAUACAAUUAAUCAAUCUAUAAUAUCUAUAUUGGAUUAAGAGUCUGCCAUGGUCAGAUCUUCGCCAUUUUAUCAAGUCAGCUUGCAAGUACGGUAGUGGAGUACAGUUUUCAGGGGUCCAGAACCUCAACUGUUCAAGUUACAAAAGUAUUUGUUUUUAAUAUUCUCAGCAGAUUAUCAUGAAGAAUCAUGUCCUCAGUUGCCAGUCAGAAAUCCUUAAAAAAACCAAAAUUUCUAGCUUCUACCCUGAACAAAAAAUAGAUCAUGUAAAAGAUAGAAAUCCCUAUAAAGAAUACAUGUUCUAAACAAUCCUCAAUAGCUUAACGGUAAGAGUGGUUGAACUCAUCACCGAGGGGUGGUGGUUCUAUCCCCGCCCCGUUGGUCCAUUGUCGUACCCACUCCUAACACAGUCUUUGCCGACUAGUUGCGAGGACAAUGGGAAUAUUGGUCAUAAGAAGAUAUGGCAAAUAAAUGAGCGGUUCACUGUCUGAUCUCUUGAAACUUGCUACGUCCCAAAACCACCACAGUCUAAGGUGUUUAACAAGGGUAUGCACUAUACUGAACAUAUUAACUGCACGCUACUGACCUUAAAAACUUUUAGUUUUUAUACAAUGACAAAGAUCUGACUAUAACUCUAACUAUAUUUUUAUAACUCACAAGUGCGAGUUUCGAAUUCACCUCUAUCUCUCUCUGUUUAACACGAUAGUAUAGAAUGAGAAAGAUAGCGGUGAAUUCGAAACUCGCACUUUCGAGUUAAACUUGUUUGAAAUGUUUAUAUCAUUAACUAUAAGUUUGCACAAAUAUAUCGCAAAUAGUGUAUAGUCUGGCAAGUUGGUUGAUGACACUCCAAUGAUAUGCGGGCGACAGGGGUGGGGGGGGGAAGACUGCGCGGGUGUGAAAUCGUGCGCACGGGGAAGUGAGGUCGUGGAUUUUUUUCAUUCAUCGCUACACGCCCCCCGGCCCACGCGGACCAUCGGCAGUGUUACGAACGAAGUUGCCAAGCUAUAGUAGGGUCCGUCUUAGUCCAUAUCCUUGCAGGAUAGCUCCAGUCCUAAUAUCUAGGUUAUCUAGCAUUUAGUUAACAUUAGUUCCCGAACUAUAUACUAAUCAUGACGUAUAUUUUAUACAACUUUUUCUACUAUACAUUACACGUACACACAGACAACACACAAUUUUUUAUACAUAUUAAUCUGAUAGAUAGAUUAAAAAUGCAUAGACAGAAUUGCUUAUUCGUUGGGAAGUUUUUUUUUUUCAUGUGAUAAUGAAUUUAUUCACAUUUCGUGUGAAGGACAUUUUUUCAUCAUCAUCAUCAUCAUCAUAUCAGCCGAUGGACGUCCACUGCAGGACAUAGGCCUUUUGUAGGGACUUCCAAACAUCACGAUACUGAGCCACCUGCAUCCAGCGAAUCCCUGCGACUCGCUCGAUGUCGUCAGUCCACCUGGUGGGGGGUCGGCCAACACUGCGCUUACUAGUGCGGGGUCGCCAUUCCAGCACUUUGGGACCCCAACGUCCAUCGGCUCUUCGCACUAUGUGCCCCGCCCAUUGCCACUUCAGCUUCGCAACUCGUUGAGCUAUGUCAGUGACUUUGGUUCUUCUGCGGACAUUUUUUAUCGACUUUUAAAAUAUAUGUAUAUAAAAAAAAUUACAAUUGAUGACUUAUCGUUGAAUCUAAAAGUCUACCGUAUUGGGUGCUUUUGCAAAGAUUACUUAUCAUUACUUUAAAUCGAUUAUUUUAACAUUAUUGCUUCCAUUUUUUUUAUCAAUUUCGGAUAUCAUUUCAGACAUUUUGGGUUUCAGUUUUUUAUUUAUAGUCAAAAAUAAUGAUUGCAAACGCAAAGUUUUAUUUUUUUUAUUGACUUGAUGAAUUUUGUUGGCUAAGUAUGUACAUAUAUUUUUUUAACAUGAAUUUAUUUAAACUGUUUCUAAUUAGCUUUUGUAAUACAUAUUUCAAUGCAGUUUUCACAAAAUAUUUUUUGGUAAUUAAUUUAUUUAUUAUGACAUUUGACAACGUUUUUUUUGACGGUACUCAAUUUUACUAUUUUUUUUAAUUUUAUUGGUUUCAUAAAAAUUCUUUUUUUGACAAAAUUGCAAUAGCGAUGACAAAUACAUACAUUUUGAAAAUCUAUUUCUUUAAACAAUUGAAAAAUAUUUUACAUAUUAAAUUAAAACUAGACAAGUAAUUUUGUCUAUGCUUCUACUAACUCACUAAAAAGCAAGGAUAUCAAUAAUAGGUUUUUACAAUCAUUUAAUAAAUAUUUUCAAUAAUAAUAUGUCAUUCUUUAGGAAAUUGAGAAAAAAAUAAUUUCUCGUCAGUAAUCUUUUUAGUAGUUUUUGGUGCUCUUGUAUUAAAUAUUCACUUAUUAAUAAGAUCCCGACGUAUGUUGAUAUAUCAAUACUUUAAUGCAUUUAUAUUGAACCAAAUAUAUCAGUGGCGCGCAUCGAUCUCUUAUCAAAAAGUAGAUGCACAAUCAGCGACCAAAAAACGUCCUCACUCAAUGAGUGCCAAACAACUUCUUGGUACUCAAUUCAAGUAGUCGCAUUUGCAAAUUCAAAAUUAAACUCAAUGCUUAAGGUUGAAUUUGCUCUGAAUUUGGGAUGUUAUUGAAUAUUGGAUUAUAUUUAAAGGUCUUUAAGUAUAGUUUUUCUAAAACUGUCAAAGCGAAAUUGGUCAGCUUUUUUGAAAUUUUCUAUAUGAUUGUGCGUCCUUUUAUUAUAAGAGGUCAAUGGUGGCAAGUCAUAGUUAAACUGCCAUUGCUGUCCCUUUUAGAUACCAACAUAUCGGUAAUUGAGUGUGUAAUUUGAUUAGUGUAUUAUAAAACUGUAAUUAUGAUCAAUAUUAUAUCUGUUUCAUCUCAUUUAUUGACUGACUUGAGUUCUUCCGAUGCCCACUUACCAUCAGAUGAUAUUGCAGUCAAGGGCUAACUCAUUGUAAAAUCGUGUAAGUAUGAUACUUUUGUACCAUUUAUAUUGAUUUAUUUUGCUAUUCCCCGCGAAAUUCCGAAAAAACCAAGCGGCGGCCUCCGUGGCGCAGUGGUAUGUGCGGUGGAUUCAACGACGGAGGUCCUGGGUUCGAUCCCCGGCUGGGCCGAUUGAGGUUUUCUUAAUUGGUUGGGCUGUGGCUAGUUACCACCCUACCGACAAAGACGUAUCGCCAAGCAAUUUAGCGUUCCAGUAAAGAAUAAAAAAAAACAUAACCCUAAAUAAAGGAUAUAUUGUCGCUUAAGUAUAUUCGUUAUUCGCGGAGAUUAGCAAAAUUUAUCAAUUACUCCCUAAUCAUAAUGAACUUUUGCAAAGUAAUGUCUGCUAGUAUUCAAUAUUUUGUAAUAAAUCGAUCUCUGCGAUAUCCAAGUGUUGUGAUCUCAAUGGAAAGACCAAACGUAGUGUGUGAACGGUACACUUUGUGCUCAUUAGGUGUUAUUGAAUGCUCAUAUUUAUUGCGAUUUAUAUUAUAUGUAUAAUUGGAUGUCGAUAUUUGUGUUGGUCGAUGUUUUUUUAAAAAAAAUUUUUUUUUUUUAAAGAAAAGUUUGUCAAUGUGAAGUUGGUGCAAAUCCAAAGAAAUAUUCACCUCUGAAAGCGAGGCGUAUUGUGAUUCAGUGAACAAAAACAUAUUUCACUGAUGAUUGUUUUGUUUGGCUAUACUAAUUUUCUAAAAAACUAGCUAACGCCGCGCAGUUUCACCCGCGUGGUACCCGUUCCGGUACGGGGAUAAAAUAUAGCCUAUAGCCUUCCUCGAUAGAUGGGCUAUCAAACACUGAAAGAUUUUUUCAAAUCGGACCAGUAGUUUCUGAGAUUAGCGCGAUCAAACAAACUCUUCAGCUUUAUAAUAUUAGUAUAGAUUAUGACAUGGAAAACCAUGACACUAUGAAAAGCUAGUCAAAUAUCCGACGUCCAAUUCAAUUAUAAAUAAUGACAUUCCUACGUUUGCCAUACGCAUUUAUUUAAUAUACUCAAAUGUACUUUCUGUAUUUAAUUAAUUAAUUAUUACAUAUUAUUAAUAUUAAUUAUUAUUAAUUACAUAUUGCAUAUAUAGAUAAGGAAAUUAUAGGACACUCCUAUGUAUUAGGGAAUUGACAUAUAAAUUAAUUAUUGUAUAACCGGUAUGUUUUAUAGUCAUAGGCGUUGAUUUGGAUUUUAAAUUUAAAUACGGUUUGAUAUCUUGCGUCUCUUUUAUUCCUCUUUAGUAAGAGCAAGAUGGAAUAGAGGCAGAAUUACAAAAACACAUUUUAAAUACGAAAUGAUGUUGAUACUUCAUCAAUUUUGUUAUACACAAUCAAAUUGCUCUAGGUCUGACUGGUGGGAGGCUUUCGGCCGUGCCUAGUUACCACCCUACCGACAAAGAUGUACCGCCAAGCGAAUUAGCGUUCCGGUACGAUGUCGUGUAGAAACCGAAAGGGAUGUGAAUUUUUAUCCUCCUCCUAAAAAGUUAGCCCGCUUCCAUCUUAGAUUGCAUCAUCACUUACCAUCAGGUAAGAUUGUAGUCAAGGGCUAACUUGUAAUUAAAAAAAAAUGUUUUUUUUUUAUUUUUUAUAUUCUCCCGAAUCAACGCCGUACCUAAAUGUAAAGUUAUAUAUAAAUAAAUAAAAUAAAAUGUAAUAAGUGAAAGCGUUUAGUACCGCUAGAUGCCAUGACGUCACCGUUUUGCUCAAAACGCCAAAGAUUUAUAUCAAUAUUGAGGCUUAAAAUACUGUUUCAAACUUGUAAACUGAACCACAAUGACAGCUAUAGCUCUAUCCUUUUCCACGAGGAAUGCAACGAAAGAGAUAGAUAGACUAUUACUUGAAAAUUUUUUUUAGAGUUGUAUUGCAUUGUAGCAAUAUUGCAUUUCUCAAAUAAAUUUCGUUUUAUUUUCAUGAAAUUAAAGUUUAAAAAAAUUACAACUUUAUUCGCUUUUAUGUAUCUCAAUCAUCGAUCACCUAUUAAAAAGUGGAUGCACAAUCAGCGACCAAAAAACGUCCCCACUCAAUGAGUGCCAAACACAACUUUGGCUGCCAAUUUAAGUAGUCUCAUUUGCAAAUUCAACUUUAAACUUAAAUCAUUAAGAUUAAAUUUAAAUUGAAUUUGGGACUAUAUUUAAAGGCCUUUAGGUAUAAUUUUCUUUACCAAUAAUUCUAAAACUGUCAAAGCAAAAUUGGCCACUUUUUAAGUGAAAUUUUCUACAUAUUUGUGCGUCCUUUUAUUAUAAGAGGUCGAUGAUCUCUUAGGUUUGUGACAUUCCUAUAUAUGAAACUAACUCGAUUAAUGAAUGAUUGUAUAUAUUGAGUUAACAACAAAAUGUAUGUACUACUACAAAAAAUAAAUUUCUUUUGCUUUUUGUCAAGAUUACGAGUAAGUGGCCUUGUAUUAGAUUUUUCAGGAAGAAAAUACAGUUUCUGGAAAGUAAAGUAUCCAAUAGUAUUCAAUGAAUUGAUGCUACAACAUUGUUUACAGUCAAAAUAAAUGCUGUGAAAUACAUAAAUACCAUAAUAAUCUUCGAUCGAACUUCUGUCAACUCAAAACGGGGAGAAUUUUGGAUGAAUUAUAAAAAUAACGAAAGUCAAUAGACGUUUGAAAACUAACGCACAUUAAGUUUGAGAAAAAUUUAAAAUUUAUUUAAUGAAAUGAAAAGUAUCGAGUGUACUAUUAAAUUUAAUUAGUCACCGAAGUUAAAGAUAUUAUUAUCUUUAUUUUACUUUAAAUUCAUUAGGCAAAUAGAUUGAGAAAGAAAAAGAUAUUUUGCAUAGACUUUGUAAUUAAAUAUUUGCAUACCUUUUAAUGGUGAGCCAUUGAUAUUACAUAACAUUGUAUGCUAAAAUGUAAUAUAUUUUGCAAAUAUAUAAUUCUGAUUCUAAUUAGAAUUCAAACUAUCCUGAUUGAUAUUCAUAUUAAUUUGUGAUGAAACCGUAGCUUCUGCGACCAUGGCCAAGUACUAGUCGUAUUCGUGGUCGUAAUCAUGGUCGUGGUCGUGGUCGUGGUCAUGGUCGUGGUCGUGGUCGCCUAGUGCGCGAGAUGCCUAACAUGGUCUGAAUGUAACACUCGACGCUCGUGAUUGACAAUUUGCAUGAUUUACGAAUUAUUUAAACGCGAAUCUCUAAAUUUUGUCGUAAUAUUUUUUUCCUAUAGUAUUUUAUAAUGAAAUAUUAAAUGUUUUGAAACGCAUCUAUAAGCUUUAUAUUAGCUUUGUAAGUCAAAAGUUUUGUAUAAAUCGGGCCUAUGAUGUUUGAUGAUCGUAUUAUGCCACGCAUGUGCACUGUAGGGGCACCCCCAGGGGAUUAUUCUCCCGCUGAAUGUCAAAUUCUUAAACAAAUAAAGGUUAAAUUCGCCACUCAGCGGCUGAAUGAUCCCCUGGGGCGCACCUACAACGUCUGUUAAUUCCACUGUUAGAGUCCACAGACGUAUCAUUUUGGAAAUCUGUCGUUUUUAAAGAGAGAAAUCUAUACAAAAACUUCAACGCCAUUUAUUUUAUAAUUUUUAAACCAUAUUUACAUAAAAUGUCAUAUUUGAAGCAUGUAUAAUUUGCUAACUGUAAAGUCGCAUCCAGACAUACGGGAUUCGCCAAAUGUUUUUGUGUUCGGCUCGGUAUUCGCCAAAUAUUGAUUACUUAUACAACAAGGUGAUUAGUGGCAUUUGUUUCUCGGCGAAUCACGAAAAUCCAUGUAUAGUGCAUCAAACUUAUCUGACCUGAAGGCCAAAAUUGGAAAUAAGUGAAAAAUAUUGCCCAUACUGUGACGUUUACGGUCACUAUGUUAAAAGGGCACACUAAAAACAGAAAAACGAAACCUUUUUAACAAUAAAUUGAACCGACUUAAAAGAUGCAUUAUUUUAAAAAGCGAAAAAUAACGGCGGAAGGCGUUGCCAAAAAAAAAUGAAUUUUAUGAGCCUGUUUGGACAGCACCUUUGCCUUCAAACAGAUCAAUUGAAAGGAAAUAGGUACGAUGUUAAUUUAGAGUUUAAGAGUAAUGAUAAUAAAUGCAUCCUUGAAGUCGGUUAAUUUUUUUUGUUAAGAAGGAUUUUUACUAAAAGUCCGACAAGAGCGUCACCCUCUAAUAAUUUUAUAGCACUAUACUCGUACCCUCGUGAUUAAGCGAAUAUUCGGCAUUUCGUGAAUCCCGCAAGUGUGGAUCCGGCUUAAUACAACCAGCAAGGCGUGCAGUGAGGGGUCGACGUACAUACGCUUUCGUAUAACUUAAAUAUAUUAUGUAUAGAUUGUAAUAUUAUUCGCUAGUCAAGUUAUUCUUUAAUAUCUAAUGGUCGAUCGUUCGAUAUCACUCUAUGUAGUAAAGAUAUUUACUUUUAGUCAUUUGUGAAGUUGCGAAUUUGUACAACAUUUUGGUAUAUUAAUUGUUACUGUAAAAGUACAAAAAUCAAAAUCAAAAUCAAAAUCAAAAAUCAUUAAUUUCAACGCUUUUAUCUUUAAGGAACUCAUCAAUGUUGUAGUAACCUCGACUAAGUAAAUGUUUUUUAACACAUUGCUUAAAGCUAUGCAUUGGCAGGUCCAUCACAGUCUUGGGGAUCUUGUUAUAGAAGAGUACACCCAAACCUACAAAAGAUUUUUUUACUCUUUAUGCCCGUGUCUACUAAGUUCGCAUACUGGUAUAUACAGGGUGUUCCUUAAUUAAUGGAUAAAACGCAAACAGUAGAUGUACCACCUAAUUAUCUAAAACUAAUUUGAAUAGUUUUCCAAUAAUCCCUAGGGUGACCAAGUUAUAUUUUUUUCGGAUUUUUCAAACUUUUCUAUCUUGAAUCAGUUUUUUCAAUGCUGUAAAUUUUGAUAAUUAGGUGGUGUAUCUACCAUUAGCGUUUUAUCCAUUAAUUACGGGACACCCUGUAUAGCUUCGUGUUUCGUGUCCUGCUUACCGGUGGUAGAGUCACUACUAGUCGCUACAAACAGACUGACAUGUUUCAAUAGUGCUUGUAAAGUAAGCCUACUUUGAAAUAAAUGAAUUUAAUAUUUUAUGCUCGCGUAAAUUUCUUUUUAAACAAAACAAUGAAUUAAUUGUUAUUUUUAACCAUUAAAACCAACAACAUAGGUACACUGGAAAAUUUUAGUAUUUACCACAAUUCGGAGUUUUACAGUAACAUAGUUAUAUCAAAAUAUCAAAGUACGAAUUAUAUCAAAAUGUUGCCAAGUUCGGACUGUCUAAUCUUCCACUCGCACUUUGUUUAACGUUUACAAGCUCUAAGCUGCAGUCACAUACAAUGAUAUCACAGUAUAGCUAUCGUACAGUUUGCAAACAACGUAAGUCAUUAGAUAAUAGGCAAGCGACACUGUCUGUAAUUCUCGAGUUGUUUUUGACUAUAAUACUCGUAAUACUUUAUGCGUAUACGUUCGUUUCGUAACUGUAUGAUAGCUAAUCUGGUAACGCACCUUUGGUACUUUAAACAGUUUAAUAGUUAAAAACUAAAUUACUCGAUACGUAGUAACGAAAACGAAGCUCAAUUUUUAAAAUACAUUUAUUGUAAUAAAAAGUAUAUUUUAUUAUUUAUCUGUAACAGUUAAAUUGUAACGUUUUUAUGUCUAAAAGCGAACUGUUAAUUAUAAUAAUUACAGCACAAAGUUGAUACAUUACCGCUCUCUCUUUCACCCUCGUACCAAAGUUGUGAAGCGACAAUAAUUAUGUUUGAAGGAGACGACCCAAAAUUUUGACUCAACGACUCAACGACGACUCAAAAUAAAUAAAUAAAAGUUCAACUAUUUCAGACACACACACCCAUAUUAUGAAAAAAAAAAAUAAAAACAAAAAUCAAAAAUGAAAUUAAAAAGCCGAAAUAGUAUAGGUAAAAUGUCAGAAUAAUGAUAAGACUUUUUUAUUCGUCCUUGAUCUUGCCUCAUGGUAAAUUAAUAAGCAUGAGGUUAAAAUUGAGGUGCGUUUGCCUUAAAUCUCGUGCUGAUUAACUUGACAUCUGGCUCGAAUGAUGUUUGUACUAUGUUGGAUGUGUUUGGUAGCUAGGUGUCAAGUUACUGCGCACGUGUUAUAUUUAAGACUUCAGGCCUUCUGUCUUUACAGAAGAUGGUGCCUUGGAGUCUGUACCAAUGGCACUGCCCCAAUGUGGGGUGAGAAAAUUGGGACGUCUCUUUUCUUAUUAUAUAUUUUUUUCUUUAUUAAUGGUUUAAUAAUAAUCAUUAACACCGAUGUAACCUACCCUAAGUGUGAUUGCUACAAUUUUGAAAUUUGGGUGCCAAUGCAAUGUAAAAAUUUCUGAAAUUUUUCUGAAAGAUUUCGCGCUAUUUUAUUACAAUUAAAACUGAAGGUCUGUAGCAUGUCUUAGGCUUACAAAUUCGAAAUUUUAAAUACAGGUUCUUUUUAAAACGAAAUUUAAAAACGUUUCGCGUUAACUAAGGUUUUACAACCGCACUUUACAAUUUACACAUGAACUAUUAUAAUUUAAUUGGAAAUGGAGCAUGGGCACGGUGACAGUCACGUGUAUGACGUUCAUAAUACGUGCUAUUGUCUUGAAUCGCGGCAAACUUUCAAGGGUGAAACGAACUGUCACCCGCACCCUCAGACCAAUUAUAGAAGGACCUGUAUCGCACUCAUAGUCACAAACAAAAUUGUCUGUCAUUUUCCGAGGAAAACGAGCUUAGAUUUGGCAUAUAUCUUAUACUAAACUAGAAGUUUGUGCCCAUUUUUUACACAAUUCAAUUACACAAAAAGGUAUUUUUACGGACCUCUUUAACCGACGAACAGCAUUACAACUAUUUAACACCGAUUUAUAUAGAGACAGUUUUUAUAAUCGCAUUAGAUCGUUGAUCAUAUACUUUGACAGAAAACGUCUAGCGAGGCAGGUCCUAUACAAUAAUUGGUCUGAGCCCGUACCUUCCUACAUGAAACGAAUUUUAACGAGCAUUAUCAUUAUCAUAGUCUGAUAGCCUCAAUGUGAAACGGCAAACCUCGAUACUGUGUGAGUGAGUAUGUUUCGGUAUGUUUGUAUUUUUGUAUGUAAACCUACAGAUAUCCGUAGCGGUAAGAUUCAAUGUUUGGAGAUAUUUUAUUACUUUGCAUUUUUUUAUUAAACUCUUGCUAAAUU